AUGGAGAACGCUCAUUGCCGCAAAAUUGAAGACGUUCUCGCAUUUUUUAACGUGGAUGAAGAGACAGGCCUAUCCGAUGAGCAGGUCAAACGACAGACUGAGAAAUACGGUCUCAACGAACUUCCCGCUGAAGAAGCCAAGUCAAUUUGGGAGCUUAUUGUUGAACAGUUUGACGAUCUCCUUGUCAAAAUCCUUCUCCUCGCCGCCCUUAUUUCUUUCGGUUUCCUUUCUUGCCUUAACGGAGUGGGUACGAAGAACAGGUCCUAA